GGACAAAUAAAGUAGCUGCACUGAAACGUCCAAACUAGAGUACCCACCAGUUCACCUUCCACAAUGGAAGCAUUUCUAAUCUAAGCCCUAAUUUCCUCAAGGAUUCUCUUGUAGCUUUCAAUUCCUCCAACUUGGAUAUAAACUGCCUAUAUCUCCUAUAUUCAAAAUUCAUUUCACUCUUCUCUUCCAAAGAUUGCAAUACAAAUUAAAUUGAUCUUCUUCUUCUUCUUCUUAUUGUUCUCUUAUACAAUGGGGCAAGCCCGGUAUUGGAUGUGGCCGAAGCAAAAACAUUGCCUGAGCAGCUCUCAUCAUCUUCAAGCCUCAACCAACCCUUCGUAUGGCGAUUCCUGGGAAGAACAAGCGUUUGCAGAAGAUGCAGCCGGGCCGUUGGGAGGCUGUAUAUGGCCUCCAAGAUCUUAUUCUUGCAGCUUUUGUAGAAGAGAAUUUAGGUCUGCUCAAGCUCUAGGGGGUCACAUGAAUGUCCACAGGAGGGAUAGAGCAAGGCUAAAGCAAUCUCCAACUCUGAAUAAUGAAAUUGUUCAACCCGACAAUCAUAAUCAUCACAACCCUAUUCUGAAUCCUUGCCCUUCUCAGAUCUGCACCGUGGUUUACAACCCUAACCCUGAUUCUGAUCGUGUUGUAUUUGCAGCAGCUUCUAGGGUUUCGCCUCCCUCUGAGAAGAAUUUUGUUCCUCUAUUUUCUUCUUCGAUGCUCAAAGAAGAUCACCAGAAACCCAACUUAUUUACCCCUCCAUCAUGGUUAAACAUAGUCAACCAUAGGUGUUUUGAUGUCUCUGAUCCAAACACUGAUGACAAGGACCCAAAAUUCCUAGGUUCAAACAUUAGUGCUAGGGAUGACAAUGUCACGGAGGAUUUGUCUAUAAGCUUGAAUUUGGUUGUCCGUCGAACUUGCCCUGGGAAGGACGAAGCUAUGAGUUGCAAGAGACGUCGAAUUGAAUCGAGCCAUGUAGAUCAUCUUCAAUCAGACGUAACUGAUGAACUUAGCUCUAGCUCCAUAGCAGGCUUGGAUCUUGAGCUAAGACUUGGCGACCGGCCUGAGGUAAAGUAGAAGAGUGAAUUGUACGUGUACUCAUGAACAUACAACCUGUUCUUUUGUGCAAUUCUGCCGUUUGUUUCCUUUUCUCUGUUCCCUUUUACCUAAACGCCAUGGCCUCUUACAUUCAACCCAGAGAACUUGUCACUUUCUCAACACUUGUAAUUUGCAGGGUGUAACAAUAACCAUAUGUUUGGUGUUUGCAGAAAAGGUUGAAAUAUUUUUGUUUUGUCA